CGGGGCCGGGGCCGGGGGACCCCCGGAGCGGCGAGCGGCGGCCGCCAGGGGGUAAGAAAAAGAUGCUCGAGGUCUCUCCUUCCACUGACCUGCAAAUUCAGGGAUCCUCAUCGCAAGGCCCACAUCUCAACCUUGCCAUUAAAUAAAGUCAACUCUCUUGGAGACUGAAAAGAGAGGAACCAGGCACACACAGACGUCUGGUUCCCUUUAAACUGCGAUUCCCGGUGCCCAGGAAAUCAGCGUGGAUUCAGUGCUCCAGGGAUGUUGGCUCAGCAGUGAGUGGGCAGAAGUGCCUCAUGAGGAAAUCCACUUUUCUCCCCGGCCUCAGCUCCUAGGGAUCUUCUGCCUCAGUUUCUUUUAUGUUCGGUGAUUAUAAAUAAUAACAGCCACUUUUUUUUAAUGUGGCAUGUGCUGGGCUAAACCAAUUCAUACGCGUUUUCUCUUAGUGCUCAAGGUAACCCCAUGAGAUCGGCCUUAUUAAUUUCUCUUUACAGAUAAGGAAACAGAUUAAGCAACUUGACUGAGGUCAGCCAGAAAGAUCAGGGACACAGGACAGGUAGACACAUCUCGCGACCUCAGGCUCUUUCCUAUACCUGAUCUGUAAAGUGUACAUUCAGGCCUGCUGGUUCUUAGUGUGGAAAUAAAAUGUCCUCCUCACCUUAGUUCCUGAGUAAGCCCUACAGAAUAUGGACAGUGGGCACAUCUGUAUGACCUCAGCACCAUUAAUAGAGCUCUGCUCACCCCAGAAUCAGCUAGACCUUCAGGGGCCUAUUGUUGCUAUUUCUGCUCUGUCCAGGAGUAGACUGGAGUUCAAAUAGGUAAAAUAAUGUCACAAUAAUGCAGCCAAGGUCACCAGCCUGGAAAAGUGGCAGGAUUGAGAUUCUAGCCCAGGCUACAGGGAACCCUUUUUUUUCUUCUCAAAAACAUUGUUGGUAUAGUAUCCUUUUCAAGACUGAACAUUUGGGCCCCUACGUGUUCUUCUUCACUGAGUCAGAAACAAUCUGGACUAUGUACAGGGCUCUCCCUCCAUUUAUUUAAUCAAUUUGUCAAUGUCCAGUUCAGAAAAAUAAGCCUUCAAGAAAGAAAGGAGCAAGGCAUGGAGAUUUAGCUCGGUGGCAGAGUGCUUGCCUAGCAUUCACAAAGUCCUGGGUUGGAUCCCCAGUGCCACCCAUCAAAACAAGAGGUAGGGAGGAAGGAGGAACUGUCCAGAAAAGCCAGGGGAAUGUGAACAGGACUGGAAACAGAGUUCCAGGAGGAACAAUCCAGACAGUGUCACAGAAUCUCACUAGGGCAGAACAGGUAAUUUGAGGAGGGAGCCAAAGAACAAAGACUAGCUGGAAAUAAGGGGGGACUGGGGUCUAGGGUGAUUAUGUACAUAGGCAUGAAGUACAUGAACCCCGAAGAUGGGAGAGAAACAGGGCAACAGGAAGUGGGAAGACUGAGGCAGGCCUGGGUGGCUAAUGGGGCGAUUUGAGGCUGAUGUCUACGUAAGGCCACUCCCUGGAUCCUGAGGACCUCAUCAUGAUCUUUGCCCCACCACACCUCAGCUCUGACAGACUGUGCCAGGAAAGUUUUGUCGUCUGCACUGAGCCACCAGCUGAGUUCCAACCCUUUGGAGCGGCUGCGUCAGACUAGGAAGCACUACUGAAGAGUCAAGGGCACCAUGGAUCCUACCGCUGACCUGCCGAGGCAGGAGAGACCCAGCCUUCGUCUGGAAAGGCUUCAGCACUGGGCGAGACACAGGCAAAGUGGACACCUAUUGGUGGUGGCGGUGAGCCAACUAUGGCUGGCAAUAGCCAUGGUGCCCUUUACAAUCUCGGUUGCAUGCCUGAACUCUGCCUGUCACAUGGCCACAGCACUACCUCUCUGGCCUGGAGCCUCGGGUCUCCUCACUGGGAUUAUCACCCUGGAGCUUCGAAGAGAGCCUUGCAUCUGGAAGGUGCAGGCCAUGAUGAUAUCCAACAUCUUCAAUCUGAUCCUGGGUUUCAUCGUGGUGGUGAUAGAGCUGAUGAAGACAGCCUUGGGGCCUGCCUCUACUGCCCCCUCCCAGCUGACAGGGUUGCUGGUGCUGGAGCUCAGCGCGGAGGCCUUCACCCUAGGAGGAGUACUAGUCUCAACCUACUCCCUAUUCUUGCUGAGCCAGAGGAAGCCAGGAUGCUUCACGAGGUCAAGUCUGCACUACCAGGAGUUACAGGAGGGUCUCUCUGAGUUGGAGGAGGUUUCUGGUUUGGAGAAUGGUCCCGUGGUGGCUAGCACAGGAAACAGAACAGAUGCAGGAAGAUAAUGUCUGGACUAGUGACCUCCCUCACCUCACUCCUGGUCAAGCUGCUUCCUCCCUUGCAUGCUUCGCCUUCUUCCUCCCUGCCUCUCCAUCCAGCUUCACAUCUGCCUCAUCUCACUGUUUGCGUCUGUUCACCUUUCACAAUCCCAUCCACUCCGAGCCCGGUGGCUGCACCCGCCAACCCAGAAUCCGCGUCCGUUGUGCUCCAGGUCUCCCUUGGAUCCGGGUCCUGCCUAAUUUACUGGAGACUACAAAUCCCAGGAUGCCCCGCUACCCCGUGACCUACUGGAAAAUAAAGAGCCUUCCCUCGGCGGCGGGGGCGCUGUGCAUCUGCUGAGUGACGCGAGGCGCUGGGAGCA